AUCAGGAGUGCCCUUGACGGGCAGGCCGGCUGGACUCAGCAUCCUUCUGCUCGCACUGCGGGGAGAUGGCUCAGCGGCUCCUCCUGAGGAGGUUCCUGACCUCAGUCAUCUCCAGGAAGCCUCCUCAGGGUGUGUGGGCUUCCCUCACCUCUAAGACCCUGCAGACUCCCCAGUACAAUGCUGGUGGUCUAACAGGAAUGCCCAGCCCAGCCCGGACAUUACACACCACCAGAGUCUGCUCCACGACCUUUAAUGUCCAGGAUGGACCUGACUUUCAAGACAGAGUUGUCAACAGUGAGACACCGGUUGUUGUGGACUUUCAUGCACAGUGGUGUGGCCCCUGCAAGAUCCUAGGGCCGCGGUUAGAGAAGAUGGUCGCCAAGCAGCACGGGAAGGUGGUCAUGGCCAAGGUGGACAUUGACGAUCACACAGACCUUGCCAUUGAAUAUGAGGUGUCAGCUGUGCCUACCGUGCUGGCCAUCAAGAACGGGGACGUGGUGGACAAGUUUGUGGGGAUCAAGGACGAGGACCAGCUCGAAGUCUUCCUGAAGAAGCUGAUUGGCUGACAUGCAGGGGCGAGACCUGACUGCCCUUGCCUGCCGGAAGCCUGUUUUGGGGAGGAGCCUAGUUAGUAGAACCCCCAGCCCUCAGCUGUCAUCCUUCCUGCCCCGCCCCUCUGUUUUGUCCUCGUGGGUCUUGCCUGUGACAGCAGACCACCAAACCUAGGAGCUACCAGCACUUGAGAGCCAGCCCUCAGUGAGGGUGGCCAGGAGAGGGCCAGUGCUGCCGCUGCUGGUGUGUGGGGCAUCUUGUGUACUUCCUACGGUGUGCACCUACUGUGUGCUUCUUCCAGGGCCAGCCUGUAGCCUGACUGCACAGGCGGUCACCCUGGUCCCCAUCUCCGUGGCCCUCUGAUCUGAAGCCCCAGCCCCCAUGCAUUUGUCUUUAGCACAUCUCCUCUCCUGCCUCUGCUUGAAAAGGAAACCAGCAGGCGAACAAGUGAGAGUAAUAUAUACUUCUCUCAUUUUUUUGUAGGUCUCUAAUAAAGAACUUUAUGUGGCCCUUCUACCUCUUGCUGUGAAGAACAGAGCCCACCCCAUACCCUAAAUCUGUCCCUUCUAUUCCUUGUCCCCUCACUGAGUUAGCUGGGCCUUGGUUCUGGUUCUCCGAGCAGGAGGAGGAGCUGUGAAUAAGUCAGACCAAUAAAAUCAGGUUUGCACUGCCA